AUGACGGCAGGCUUGUGUAUUGCCGGUGGGGUAGCGCAUCCUUGGCUCGAAUCCCACCGCUUCAGCCGAGGUGAGGCUCGGUUCGAGUCACGCAAUUCUACGCCCGAUCUUGUGCGUCUGUGCGUUGUGGCGCAACGUCACUCUUCCGGGCGGCAUCAACCUCCCUUCAACCUACUCGCGGCGAUUCUCGGCGAUUCUCGGCGAAAAGACGUGUCGGUCGCCGAGUGGACGGAUAGUUUGGAGCCGAAUGUUGCCCGAUUCGGCAUGUAUGGCCGGCUACGCACUGCAAAUCGCUUCUGUUGA